UGCAGUGCAGUGGUCUCACUCGAGGAUAGGAUUCACCUGAGGAUGGCCCAAUGAGGCCGAAACAUGUUGUGAAUAUAUAACCAAGACAAUCUGAGGAGUGUGAAAUUCACUUUUAUUGUGUAAAUUUAUGUACUACGUAAAGGCCUACGCGCAUUUUAUUGGUUUGAACUGUCAUAGUAUUAAAAUGCAUUUUUAGUGAACAACGUAUUCCUACUGUCUCUUUAAAGUUGUACUAUUGACGUAUACGUCAGUAAGAAAUAGGAUGACGCCUCAAUACAACGGGAUGCUGAAAUAUAAAAUAUAAUAAAAUCACUGUUUGAGGUUAAGUUUCACAGCUCCUGCACUUGUUAAGGUUGCUGUGUAAUCCGAGAACCAGACGUUCCUCAGAUGUGUGUUUUAAUGAUUUUCGACAAGCUGAAGACGUGGAACAAAGGGGGAGCCGUGUGCGGGGGCCUGAGCCAAUUAUCCCAUUAUUGCAUUAGCCCCAGGAUACCAAGAUAUGACUAAGCGCACACUCCUCUUGAGCUUCAAGUUGACAGUGGCUGCAUGGCUACUUGGGUGGACACAAGGGGCCAGAUAUAUGAACCCAGGACCAACAAUGCCACCCGAAUCGAGUCUUUCUCUUCGUGACAUUCUUCCCACAAACCCAAAACACUAUGACAAGAACAGAGCCCCAAAAUUCCAAGGAAAACCCACAAUAGUGUAUUUCCAUGUUACUGUUCUGUCACUCGAUUCCAUCAAUGAGGAGUCAAUGACAUUUGUCGCUGACAUCUUCCUGGCUCAGAGUUGGCGCGAUGCCAGACUUCGACUACCGGAAUACAUGAGCGAGGAGUACAGAAUUCUGGAUGUGGAGUGGUUGCAUAACAUCUGGAGACCCGACUGUUUCUUCAAGAAUGCAAAGAAAGUGACGUUCCAUGAGAUGAGCAUCCCCAAUCAUUACCUGUGGCUGUAUCAUGAUAAGACUCUCUUAUAUAUGUCGAAACUGACCUUGGUGCUCUCCUGUGCCAUGAAGUUCGAGUCCUACCCACACGACACUCAGAUCUGCACCAUAACGAUCGAAAGCUUAUCCCAUACAGUGCACGAUUUGGUCUUCAUUUGGAAUGUGACCGACCCUUUAGUUGUGAACCCGGACAUUGAACUUCCCCAGCUGGACAUCUCCAACAAUUACACUGCUGAUUGCACAAUUGAAUAUUCCACAGGUAAUUUCACCUGUCUAGCUGUGGUUUUCAACUUGAGGCGGCGGCUGGGAUAUCACCUGUUCCAUACUUACACACCGUCUGCUCUAAUUGUGGUCAUGUCUUGGAUCUCGUUCUGGAUCAAGCCUGAGGCCAUUCCAGCCCGCGUCACCCUGGGCGUUACUUCGCUUCUGACACUCGCCACGCAGAACACCCAGUCACAGCAGUCCCUUCCGCCAGUCUCGUACGUGAAAGCAAUCGACGUGUGGAUGUCAUCAUGCUCUGUGUUCGUGUUUCUGUCCCUCAUGGAGUUCGCUAUUGUCAACAAUUACAUGGGUCCAGUGGCAACUAAAGCUAUGAAAGGCUACUCAGAAGAGGACAUCACAUGCCCGGAACAAGACUUUAAGGACUUCACGCCGAGGGGCCGAAGUCCCGUCAGGGCCCUGCCUGCGAUCCCACAGUACGCCACAUUCUGCCACGGGCGGAAGACGGCGCUGUACAUAGAUAAAAUGUCUCGGUUCUUCUUUCCUUUCUCAUUCUUCAUUUUAAAUGUUGUCUACUGGUCAACUUUCCUGUAGGCCUGAGCGCAAGUUAUUGUCAAGUUCUGAACUGUCUGUAAAUGACUAACCCAGUAAUUUCACAGGUGUGUUGACAGUCUGUUGAGAUGCUCUCGCUGAAAUAGCGAAGGCAAGUGUACCAUUUCGGCUGGAUACUUCAGACGAAGUUCAUAGCAACAGCACGGCCGUCGCUGCAAUGCCUGAAUCAUAGACAAAGAAAGAAGAAAAGAGCAACUAAAAAAAGGGAGAAAGAGAGAACCACAAUAGCUUAUGUCGACCAAAUAACAAUUUCCCUCCAUUGAAAGCAUCAAUCAAGUGUUGAGAUAUGUGUUAUCAUUUCGCGGUCUAGAAAACCGAAAUUAACGGCCGCGGGGAUUCGUUGGCGCUGACCACGCGACACCCUCUAUCCGCUAA